GGCUCUAUUAUGGGACCAUUACUAUUUAGCAUGUUCAUUAAUGACAUAUUUAAUACUUGUCAACAUGCAAAAAUGCAUGCUUAUGCGGAUGACAUUAAAAUUUAUUUGUCAGGGGCUCAUGACGAUGUGGUUAAUUUGUGCGCGGAUUUCAAUAGUGAUUUGUCGUCUAUAUCUUCAUGGUCUGUGAGAAACGGUCUAUGUCUUAAUAGUGAAAAAUCAUUUGUUUUACCAGUAUGUAAAAGAAAUAUUUAUUGUAAUGUGAUGCCUUCUCUGUACAUUGGUGAUAAGUCCCUUAAGUUUGUGUCAAAAGUAACUAACCUAGGUUUUGUUAUAAACACUAGUUUAACCUGCAUUGAUCAUAUUAAUUCCGUUGUCGGCAAAGUAUAUUAUACUCUGCGGAAUUUAAGAAUGUCUGCUACUUUUACACCGGUAUGCAUUAGGCGUAAACUCGCCAUUCAAUUAAUAUUGCCUAUAAUAUGUUACUCGGAAUUAAUCUACAGUAAGCUGGACUCACAAUCUGCUCAUAAAAUUGAUGUGGUAUUCAAUCACGUUACGCGGUAUGUUUUUGGGUUGGCGAAAUACGAUCAUAUAUCUGAAUGGAAAUCACUGCUCUUGGGAUGCGGUAUUUUUGAAUACUUGAAGGCUAGAAAUUGCAUUUUUCUAUUUCGCCUUAUGAUGGAUAAGGAACCUAGCUAUCUGUUUGAAAAAUUGUCUUUCACGAAAUCUGCGCGCCUAACGGAAUUGAUCGUGCCCAACUAUAAUUAUCUAACAUCUGCAAGACUAUUUUUUGUUAAUGCUAUUCGCACCUGGAACUCGAUUCCAUCUCAUAUUCGUAAUAGUUUGAACAUAAGCAACUUUAAGAGUGUUUUGUAUUCUUAUUUUCGUUAAAUGCUAUUUCAUAUCCAAAGUUAUACCCUUUCCUCUGAGGCUCGCUAUCUAGUUAGGUGUAGGG